AAUUGGAGAUCGAAGUUUCUUUGAGAAAACAUUUCAUUAGAGUGUACUAUCAUAAUAAACAUAAAAAAGGUUCCUGUAAAUACUUUGCAUCAACAUUGAUUAAAGAUCCAACAAGGGGCGCCUUGCAAAGAGUAGAAAGAAUGGUGCUAAGAUUAAACGACUAUGUAAACCCCGCACUAGUGAUUAUGGUCAUUGAAGCAAUUAAAAAAAACAUCCCAGAAAAAAAAGAAAUUACCAACAAAGUGCUUGAAAUCAUUUGUGUCUUUCUUAUAGGUCACUUAACCAUAACUUUCCCGUAUAAAGGCACUAUUAACGAUAUUUUCGAUCAUAUGCAAAAAGCCCUCGGCAUCCACCUUGAUUUUCAUCAAAUGAGAUAUACGAACGUUGUGGGCGACCUGAUUGAUUUGAAAAAUGAGGAAGAUUGGAGAGUUGCCAAAUGGGAAGCUAUUAGAUGGCAUAACGGGAAGAUGGUGUUACAAAUCGGGAAUUACUUGUAG